AUGGGCGCAAAAAACAAAGGCAAAGGAGGCGGCAAUAACGAUGACUCCGGCAAAGGAGGGAAAGGUGGUGGUGGUGGUGGCUUGAAGCCUGCGACUGCGAUUAACGUUCGGCAUAUUCUUUGCGAAAAAUACUCCAAGAAGGAAGAAGCACUAGAGAAGCUCCGCAACGGGUCCAAGUUUGAUGAUGUCGCGAGGGAGUUUUCGGAGGAUAAGGCUAGACAGGGUAUGUACAAGUACCACCCGCUCUUCAUUCCGCCCUUUGGUAUAUUCAAGAAGAGCGUGUGCUGA